AAACUCUAGUUAUUAGGGAUUUGGGGAUGCAGCUAGCGUGUGAGCUCAGGCAGGGGCAAUGAACUACUUUGACAGAGUGUUAGUCUUAGAGAUAAAGCAUCAAAAAUUACUAUGCGUCUACAGAGACUAUGGCCAACAGUAAUAGCCAGCAUUUAUGUAUUCUGUGCUAGCACUGUUCUGUGUAUUUUUACAAAUAAUUUAUUCUUUGUAACAACCCUAUGAUAGAGGUACUACAUGGGCCUUUUUUUGUAGUUGAGAGAACGGCACAGAGAGGUUAGGUAACUUGCCCAAGGUGACAGAGCUGGAAAUGGGAAGAGUCAAGAAUCAACCAGGGCAGCCUAACCAUUAUGCAUCACUGCCUUUCAGCAGGUGUGAAAAAGCAGUCGCCGUGAAGAAGGGUAAAUGCUGUGAAGCUGACGUGCCCAGUGACCUUCGAAAAGAAGUAGAAAGUCAUUACAGGCUUUCUCUGCCUGAAGAUUUCUAUCACUUCUGGACGUUCUGUGAAGGACUUGCUCCUGAACAGCCAGCUGAUUCACUUUCUGCAAGCCUUGGACUUCGAUUAGUGGGUCCUUAUGAUAUCCUUGCCGGAAAACAUAAAAUGAAGAAAAAGUCAGCAAGCCUGAAUUUUAACCUUCACUGGAGAUUUUACUAUGAUCCUCCUGAGUUCCAGACCAUUAUUAUUGGAGAUUGUAAAACUGAGUUCCACAUGGGGUAUUUCAGGGAUUCGCCUGAUGAACUUCCUGUAUUUGUCGGUACAAAUGAAGCAAAGAAAAAUUGUAUAAUUGUUCAAAAUGGAGAUAAUGUGUUUGCUGCAGUCAAAUUAUUUUUGAUGAAAAAACUUAAAGAAGUAACAGAUAAAAAGAAAACUAGUCUCUUGAAAACCAUAGAUGAGAAACUCACAGAAGCAGCCAGAGAACUGGGGUUCUCACUGGAGCAGAGAACCGUGAAGAUGAAACAGAGGGACAAGAAAGUCGUGACAAAGACCUUUCACGGGGCAGGCUUGGUUGUCCCAGUAGACAAAAAUGAUGUGGGAUACAGAGAGCUCCCUGAAACGGAUGCCAGUCUCAGGAGAAUCUGCAGGACGAUCGUGGAGGCCCCCAGUGAUGCUGAGAGACUCAAAGCUUUUGCUCCUGUUCAGGAAAUGAUGACUUACGUGCAGUUUGCUAAUGACGAGUGCGAUUACGGGAUGGGGCUGGAGCUGGGGAUGGACCUCUUCUGCCACGGUUCCCAUUAUUUUCAUAAAGUUGCUGGCCAGCUUUUACCUCUUGCAUAUAAUCUGUUGAAGAGGAAUCUCUUUGCAGAAAUUAUUGAAGCUCACCUGGCGGACAGAAGCAGAGAGGACGUGGACCAGCUUGCAGCAUGAGUGGGAGGUGCCUUUCUUUCGCAUACAGUAUUUCAGAGCUUCAGUAUGAAACGUGAUGUUUUGUUUUUAAGCAGUACAGAAAAUAAAUGGACAGAAGCAUUUGCUAAAAACUUUU